AGACUGACGGCAACCUGAUGAUCGCUCUACCAGUCAUUCGUUACCCACUCUCGUUGCGCCGUGGAUGGCCUCUUCCGAUAGUGCUUCCAUUACACCAGCAUCAGACUACAAUAGAAAGCGGCGAGAGUGAAGCAGCAGCCGCAGGAGCAAGUGUUGAAAGAAGCGGAAGCGAAUCGGAAAAAGGCGAGAAGAAGCGGAAGGACCAAGGGGCGUGAGCAACCCAAAAAGUAGUCUGGAUGCUGAUGAUGGACGUCUACUACGCCGUCUGUCGGUUCUGCUGCUGCUGUCCCGACAACAGCGACCACGAGCGCCAGCAAGACUGGCGCCAGCAGAAGAAGGAUAUCGAGUACGUUCUGCAUCAACAAGAUAUCAACGCCUCAUCCGCCCAACAAUCCGGCGGCCAAAACCUUUCGGCGUCUCUUCAUCCGAACAGCGUCGGUACCCCCACACACAGUGCCAAGUCGUCAGAAGGAGCGACGGCCGGCGGAGCCAACAACGCCACCGCCAGUGCCAACGGCGGAGGCCAGCACGGCGAAGAAGAAAGUCACCUUCUGAAAGAAGUCCGCAGCAGCAGUCUCAAAACGGAAAUGUACCGCCAAAUUUGGCAGAGACGAGUCCUGUGGUUCGGCCAGACAUUACCUUCGUUCGAAAGUCGCAGCACCAUCGAAUUCUGGAGCGGAUGGACCAGCCGCCCGUCCGGCCAGCAGCAAUCAGCUCCCGGCGCCAAUGGCAGCCAUUCGGCCACCACUCCACCUACGAGCUCCACGACCAGGCGCAAAAAGUACCACUUGACGCCAGAAGUGUCUAUAGAGAGUCUCCAGCCGGAAUUGUACGCCCAGACGUCGGUCGAGUCGAUGGAAGGCGUGUCAAUGGACGCCGGGCUCUGCGGCUACGGCGACGUCGACCUCCAUUUUGACGGACCCAUCGAAGCGACGCCACUAGGACAGAUCCACUUCUCGCUCAUUUACGACGAUCACAAAAAAAUCCUCCUGGUCAAAAUCGUCGAAGCUUGCCAUUUGCCGCUGCCCAAGCCGGCCGUGGUCGUCGCCACCACCGUCGCCGCCCUUCCCGCAAGCGACGCCGGCCAGCAGCAAGAGCAGCAGCAACCGGCCCAGUUGGCGCAGGACUCGUCCUUCACUCCGAGUCGGCACCGCAAGGAUCCGCCUCAUUCCAACCCAUACGUUCGUGUGUAUUUGUUACCGGAUCAACGUGAUGGCCGCCAGACACCGGUGCAACGCAAAACCCAAAAUCCGGUCUUCAAUCACGGUUUCACCUACGAGCUGGCCCACCGAGAAGUGCUGAAGCGAACGCUGAUGCUCAAAGUUCAGGAUCUGAAUCGAUCGACCCACCGGCAUCACGUCAUCGGCCAAGUCCUCCUUCCACUCUCCGAUCUCAAUCUUAUCAAAGGAGUUCACAUCUGGAAAAGGAUCCGACCCACCGAUCAAGAUUCGCAUUCUCCCGAAUUAGGAGAGAUUCUUGUCUCACUGACGUACCUCCCCUCCGCCCGAAGACUCAACUUGGACCUGCUCCGAGGAAAACAACUUUUACAAACCAAUUUCGGAGGCUCCGUGCCGUAUGUCAGGGUCUCUCUCGUGGUGGCUGGCAAGCAUAUCAAGACGAAAAAAUCAUCUCGCAAGAGAAACACCAUCGAUCCUGUCUGGGGCGAAACAAUCAGUUUCAAUGUUGCGGCAGCCGAGUUGCCUGAAUCUAGCUUGGUAGUCAGCGUUUGGGAUUUCAAUGGUGGAAUUGCAAAGGAUGAUUUCAUCGGAAGGAUCGUCCUAUCGGCCAAAGAGCCAUCAGGCGAAGAAGAGAUGAGUCACUGGAAUUGCAUCUUGAGCGACGACCGGAGUUCGACUGCAUAUUGGCACACGCUCCGUUCGCGAGAAGAAUGCGAUCAGAUUUCUCCGGCGUCGGUGACCGUUUGCUGAAACACCUUGCAAGAACGAAAUUAAUAAAUGAAUAAGAAGAAGACAAAUUUGCAAAACAAAAUAAUGACUCGAAAGAAAUAAAAUAAAAGUCGUCGCUGAUGUGCUGGCUUUUCGGCGCGCCAAAUAUAAAUGCGCAGCAGUGAUUCGCUGUUAUUACGUCGGUUCAA